AUGGGACUGGCGGGCCUGGUGCCCCGCUGUCUCAGUGACCUGCUUCGUGACUCGUGCCUGCGCUUCCCGGAGCCCUUCGAUGAGCCUCCGUCCCCCGCAAGAACAAGCGCCCAAGUGAAACUGAAAGAGGCGGCCUUGGCGUGGGUUCCAGGCCCCGCUGUGUUUUGAAAGUGAUGUGCGCCAGGUUCUGGCAGGCGGGUCCCUGACGUUUCCUAGGAGUUGCUGCCGCUGUGGCUCCUGGGGCCAAGGCCCUGGGUGCUGGGGCGUGGGGAGGGGGAGCCGGGGAGCCGUCGGGCCUGGCGGGCAGUAAAGGUUUGUGGAACUGACUCACUUGCUGGGGAGGGGCAGCCGGGGAGGGUCACGGAGAAAGUCCCUGCCCUGCCAUGGCCCCGUACCGUCGUCGGCUGCCCGUCCAGCCUGGAGCGAGGAGGCGUCUUCCUGUGCGUGUCAGAUCAUGAUACCGCCGCCACUGCCGCCACCACGGAGCGAGAAGCCCAGAUAGACACUCCGGCGGCCCCGGGUCCCGGAGCCCCGCUGCCUGCCGCCCAGCCGAGGACCCCACCCCGCCUGCCGCCCGAUGCUUGCAGUGGGGCCCGCCAUGGACAGGGAUUACCCGCAGCAUGAACCCCCGCCGGCGGGCAGCCUCCUGUACAGCCCGCCGCCCCUGCAGAGCGCCAUGCUGCACUGCCCCUACUGGAACACCUUCUCACUGCCGCCGUACCCUGCCUUCUCCAGUGACAGCCGCCCAUUCAUGAGUUCCGCCUCCUUCCUCGGCAGCCAGCCCUGCCCAGACACCAGCUAUGCCCCCGUGGCCACCGCCUCCAGCUUGCCACCAAAGACCUGCGACUUUGCUCAGGAUUCCUCGUAUUUUGAGGACUUCUCCAACAUCUCCAUCUUCUCCUCGUCUGUGGACUCCCUGUCGGACAUCGUGGACACGCCCGACUUCCUGCCGGCCGACAGCCUCAACCAGGUGUCCACCAUCUGGGACGAGAACCCUGCCCCCUCCACCCACGACAAGCUGUUCCAGCUCAGCCGACCAUUUGCAGGCUUCGAGGACUUUCUGCCCUCCCACAGCACCCCGCUUCUCGUCAGCUACCAGGAGCAGAGUGUGCAGAGCCAGCCAGAGGAGGAGGACGAGGCUGAGGAGGAGGAGGCGGAGGAGCUGGGGCACACGGAGACCUACGCUGACUACGUGCCGUCUAAGUCCAAGAUUGGGAAGCAGCACCCAGACCGCGUGGUGGAGACCAGCACACUGUCCAGCGUCCCGCCCCCAGACAUCACCUACACCCUGGCCCUGCCCUCGGACAGCGGGGCCCUGUCUGCCCUGCAGUUAGAGGCCAUCACCUACGCCUGCCAGCAACACGAGGUCCUGCUCCCCAGUGGGCAGCGCGCCGGCUUUCUCAUCGGCGACGGGGCCGGCGUGGGCAAAGGCCGGACGGUGGCCGGAGUCAUCCUGGAGAACCACCUGCGCGGCCGGAAGAAGGCAUUGUGGUUCAGCGUCUCCAACGACCUCAAAUACGACGCAGAGCGCGACCUGCGGGACAUCGAAGCCACGGGCAUCGCGGUGCACGCGCUUAGUAAGAUCAAGUACGGCGACACCACUACCUCAGAGGGCGUCCUCUUCGCCACCUACUCCGCCCUGAUUGGGGAGAGCCAGGCCGGUGGCCAGCACCGCACACGCCUCCGGCAGAUCCUGGACUGGUGUGGGGAGGCCUUCGAGGGCGUCAUCGUGUUCGAUGAGUGUCACAAGGCCAAGAACGCCGGCUCCACCAAGAUGGGCAAGGCCGUGCUAGACCUGCAGAAUAAGCUGCCCCUGGCCCGCGUGGUCUAUGCCAGCGCCACAGGUGCUUCUGAGCCUCGGAAUAUGAUCUACAUGAGCCGCUUAGGUAUCUGGGGCGAGGGCACCCCCUUCCGGAACUUUGAGGAGUUCCUGCACGCCAUCGAGAAGAGGGGCGUGGGUGCCAUGGAGAUCGUGGCCAUGGACAUGAAGGUCAGCGGCAUGUACAUCGCACGCCAGCUCAGCUUCUCCGGCGUCACCUUCCGCAUCGAGGAGAUCCCGCUGGCCCCGGCCUUCGAGCGCGUGUACAACCGCGCAGCCCUGCUGUGGGCUGAGGCCCUGAACGUGUUCCAGCAGGCGGCCGACUGGAUCGGCCUGGAGUCACGCAAGUCCCUGUGGGGCCAGUUCUGGUCGGCGCACCAGCGCUUCUUCAAGUAUCUGUGCAUCGCCGCCAAGGUGCGCCGGCUGGUGGAGCUGGCCCGAGAGGAGCUGGCGCGAGACAAGUGUGUGGUCAUCGGGCUACAGUCCACAGGCGAGGCACGCACGCGGGAGGUGUUGGGGGAGAACGACGGGCACCUCGACUGCUUUGUCUCGGCCGCUGAAGGCGUGUUCCUGUCGCUAAUUCAGAAGCACUUUCCAUCCACCAAGAGAAAGCGGGACAGAGGAGCAGGCAGCAAGCGGAAACGGCGACCUCGGGGACGCGGGGCCAAAGCCCCCCGGCUGGCGUGCGAGGCGGCGGGCAUCAUCCGCAUCAGCGAUGACAGCAGCACAGAGUCAGACCCCGGCCUGGACAGCGACUUCAACUCCUCCCCCGAGUCCCUGAUGGAUGACGAUGUGGUCAUCGUUGAUGCCAUCGGGCUCCCCAGUGAUGACCGAGGACCCCUGUGCCUCCCUCAGAGAGACCCGCAUGGCCCCGGGGUCCUGGAGCGGGUGGAGCGACUGAAGCAGGAUCUGCUGGAUAAAGUGCGGCGGCUGGGCCGGGAGCUGCCAGUCAACACCCUGGACGAGCUCAUCGACCAGCUUGGCGGCCCCCAGCGGGUGGCGGAGAUGACCGGCAGGAAAGGCCGCGUGGUGUCCAGGCCCGACGGGACGGUGGCCUUCGAGUCGCGGGCAGAGCAGGGUCUGUCCAUCGACCACGUGAACCUCAGGGAGAAGCAGCGAUUCAUGAGCGGCGAGAAGCUCGUGGCCAUCAUCUCGGAGGCCUCCAGCUCGGGUGUCUCCCUCCAAGCUGACCGCCGCGUCCAGAACCAGCGGCGCCGUGUGCACAUGACCUUGGAGCUGCCCUGGAGCGCCGACCGCGCCAUCCAGCAGUUCGGCCGCACCCACCGGUCCAACCAGGUCUCUGCGCCAGAGUACGUCUUCCUCAUUUCGGAGCUGGCCGGGGAGCGCCGGUUCGCCUCCAUUGUGGCCAAGCGCCUGGAGAGUCUGGGGGCCCUGACCCAUGGAGACCGCCGCGCCACGGAGUCCCGUGACCUCAGCAAGUACAACUUUGAGAAUAAGUAUGGCACCCGGGCCCUGCACUGUGUCCUUACCACCAUCCUGAGCCAGACUGAGAACAAAGUGCCUGUGCCCCAGGGAUAUCCUGGAGGGGUCUCCACCUUCUUCCGGGACAUGAAGCAGGGCCUGCUGUCUGUGGGCAUUGGCGGCCGGGAGUCCCGAAAUGGCUGCCUGGACGUGGAGAAGGACUGUUCCAUCACCAAGUUCCUGAAUCGCAUCUUGGGGCUGGAGGUGUACAAGCAGAACGCCUUGUUCCAGUACUUCUCAGACACCUUCGACCACCUCAUCGAGAUGGACAAGCGGGAGGGCAAAUAUGACAUGGGCAUCCUGGACCUUGCUCCCGGCAUCGAGGAGAUCUACGAGGAGAGCCAGCAGGUGUUCCUGGCUCCUGGGCACCCGCAGGACGGGCAGGUGGUCUUCUACAAGAUCAGCGUGGACCGCGGCCUGAAGUGGGAGGACGCCGUUGCCAAGUCACUGGAGCUGACGGGCCCCUAUGACGGCUUCUACCUCUCCUACAAGGUCCGCGGUAACAAGCCCAGCUGCCUGCUGGCGGAGCAGAACCGCGGCCAGCUCUUCACGGUGUACAAGCCCAAUAUCGGCCGGCAGAGUCAGCUGGAGGCCCUGGACAGCCUCCGCCGCAAGUUCCACCGGGUCACCGCGGAGGAGGCCAAGGAGCCCUGGGAGAGUGGCUACACCUUGUCGCUGACGCACUGCAGCCACAGCGCCUGGUGA